AGCCAACAAAGGUUGGGAUCGCGUUGGGCUCAAAGUCGGCCGACGAAGGUGAAUGGACUUCACCCGAGCCUCACGAAGUAGUGGGUGAGCGUGGGAGUAUAACACGAUGACCUCCAUGGUCCUUCGACGGUGCUGUUGGCCGCAUUCUCAGUACCGGGGCUUGCCACGCAACUCGGCCAUCCUCCUGGAGUUAUUCCCACAAUGAACGAAGCCCAGAGACUCGCUACUCGCCUCUCUGCGAUCGGCGAUGCCGUCUCCGACCAGGGCAACCGCUUCUACCUUCUGCAAGUAGCAGGUGACGAACAAGAUGGUUACGAUCUCAUCGAGCAGGUCAAGCCCGACUCAGACCUGAUCUCUGAGACCCUGGUGGCGUCUGGUGUCCGCAAGCAGACCUCUGCAGCAUACCUCCUCGAGAGUGACGAUGAUCGCAUUGUCUUCUACGCCGACGAGUUUAACAACCUGGGUGCCGCCACAUACAAGCCCAGCGACGCCGACCAGGGAGAGUGGUUGGUAGACGAGGCACUGAGCAGUCUCGACUUCGCAUCUGUACAUCCCAGCGGCAAAAUCAGUGCGUGCUUCACGAAGGACACCUUGCUGGUCUUCUUCCAGAAGCCAGAUGGGUCGAUGGGCUGUCUCGAGCAGACAAGAGACGGAUGGACCCCUCUCAAGACGGUGCUGCCUGCUACGGUGCCUGUCGGAUCGCCCCAUUACCGACUUGUUGUCGAUGAGAAAUUGCAGCUCUUCUAUAUUGGUGACGGGGGUAGCCUUCGCUAUCUUUGUCGCGAUCUUGGGGAAGCACCUGGGAAGGACACCGCUUUGUGCGGUGCUGUAUCCCGCUUCGCGGUGGGCUACGAGACGGAGAAGGGAGUUCUGACGGCGUAUGUCUUGGCUGGCGGAGUGCUCGUCUCCCUUGGUGAAAACGGCGACCGUCAAGACCUGGUCAGGGCGACGGGAGGGGGCAAGUUCGCCCCUGUUGCCAGCGCGGAACGGUGUGUUCACAUACACAUCAAUGGAAAUUUCGUCAUCCGAGGGAGCCAGAACUCAUUCAACCUUGGUGGUGGGUAUAUUCAGAAAGGAUCGAGGCGCCGGAUUCGGAGAUAUUAGGUCUCUCAUGUCUGGCUUGCUCGUGCCAUGGGGUCUUCCUUUCCCCUUUUGACCGCGUCAGCCCUCAAGACAGAACUGAUCGAACUAAAGGCAUUGUUAGCUUGAAUACACACGAUUAGCCGAAACAGCACAGCUCACCUUAUACUUCUUUCCCCUGAUGGCUCUCACAAAAGAAAUUCCAUUCACCUCCCUCCGCCCCAACAUAAUCUGCAGGUCCGUCAGCGAAGAUGUGUCCAUCCUAAGCCUUACCAGCGAUUCCUUUCCUUGCUUCUCUCGAUACAAGACAAUAUGGAAGGUGCCCGCUGUUGCCUUGUCCAGCCUAAAGAGGCACCAAGGAUGGAAACUUCUGGACAACAGCACUCGGCCCCCGUCUACGUCC